AUGUCUGGCUCUGAUCUUCAGUAUUUGGAGGAGUUGGUGGCAGAAAUGGACCUCAUGGAGCAGCCAGCAGACUUGUCCGAUAAUGCUUCUGAUGACACAUCUUCCAUGGCGAUCCAGACUGAUCAGCCUUCGGCGCUGCCUCAAAUUCGCAUUCACCAACAAGGCCAGGACCCCGAGAUUGAGUAUAACACAAGCCAUAGGGGCCAGCAAAAUCAUUCCCAUUCGAGUGGUUCGGGUAGAACGCAAGCCAACUCAUCUCAUCCUUAUCUCACGUUCCAUAAUCUUUCGGAGGUGCCUCCAAAUGCUCUCCAGAUUUUAAAGGACAUCGAGGCGGAUUUCCCAGAUCUAGGCUAUAGGAAGGGAGACCGUGUAGAGAGGGAUCCCACUUCUUUCUUCUGCCCGUUGAGAUUUGUGUCGCGCUAUGUCGACUUGUACGUCGGCAAAGCGAAUACGCCUAUUGUCAGACCGUACUUCAAGCAAGAGGCAUUCCUGAGUGCCCAGAAAUGGGAUUUCUUCUACCUUUACAACGCAGCUGACCAAAGCGGCAAGCCAUUCUUGCUCCUUCUGACUUCGCAGUUCCGUCAUUUCCUCCAGACCAUCAACGAUGAGCAAGGCAUCAACCUCGCUAUCCCUGCAGGGGAUCAGUCUGCCAAAUUCAAUAUAUCCUUCGCGCAGUUACAGGGUGAAUACAGCCCUCGCCCACGCUACCUGGGCCAGGCCACGGAUCCUUACGCCUUUGGCGCCCUCAUCCAGAAUAUGCCGUCUCCACAUCCUGAGGACAACGCGAAUAAACUGGCAGGACUGGAUCAUAAGCUCUUCCAAGACAUCUGGAAGGCCAUGAAGGCGUCUAUCGAAGAGCAGCCAAGGAAGAGCAGCAAACCAUCACACAAACAAGUGAUGCGGGCCGCAAUGCACAAGGGCUGGGGCCACACAACAAAACGAGUCCAGCGAUACUUAGGUCUGCGGAAGAAGCGUUCUGAUACGGAAGACUUCACUGUGUCUACGGGGCAGAAGACUCAGAUGACCGAGCUCAAUCUUGACGCCCUCGCUCCCUUUUGGCCGGAGGAUUUUGUCGUGUUUAUCUGUGUGGACUGCGAGACGUAUGAGAAGAACCAGAACAUCGUGACUGAAGUCGGCUUCGGCAUUCUCGACACCAAGGACCUCGCCGGCCUCCCCCCCGGAGAAGACGGGAAGAAUUGGUUCCAGAAGAUCCAGGGCCGGCAUCUACGCAUCAAGGAGCGCACGUACAUGGUCAAUACCGAGUAUGUCAAGGGCUGCCCCGACUACUUCAACUUCGGUGAAUCCGAGUUUGUUUCGCUGAGUCAAGUGCGCAGAGUGAUUGAGGAGAUCCUGUCACAGACUACCUUCCCAUAUAGGGAUAGGCGUCCUGUCAUAUUGGUUGGUCAUGAUGUGCAGCAUGACAUUGUCCAUCUAUCGAAGGUCGGCAUUGACGUCGACAAGAUGUGGAACAUCCUGGAGAUUGUCGACAAUCAAGGGCUCCAGCAGUUCAUGCGCAAAAUGAUGAACGGACAGAAGCUAGAGCGCAUUCUUGCAGAGUUCGAGCUACCCUACAGCCACCUCCACAAUGCCGGCAAUGACGCGGUUUACACCCUGCAGAGCCUGGUGGUGCUCGCGAUCAGACAGCGCCAAGCAAGCUUGCAACGCAUUCUGGUGAAGGAGCCAGACUCGGCCGAUCCUUCUCUCCUAGAUGAGGGAUGGAGCAGUGGUGGAGAGGGAUGUGAUGGAGGUGCGCCGCCUUCACGCAACCAACUUUCUCAGGAGGAGAUUAUUCGGCUGCUGCAGAAUCGGCAGCGUCCUCAAGGACUUACAGAUCAAGAUGAGGAUGAACACGACAAUGUUUUGAUUUGA